UGGACAACCCCUUAAAAACUAGGCAAGAAAGUUGUUACUCCGUCAAUAUCAUUUGCUAUUUCUCUGCAUAAAUAAAAAUGAGGGGAAGAGGAGAGGAUGUGUUGUCAUGGCCUCUUCUCAAAGAUCAAGAAAAGAAAAGUAGUGUGAAGGAAGAAGUGAAGAAGCAACUAUGGCUAUCGGGUCCACUAAUGGGCGUGAGUCUUCUUCAGUAUUGUCUACAAGUCAUCUCCGUCAUGUUCGUCGGCCAUCUUGGCUCUCUUCCUCUCUCCACCGCCUCCUUAGCCACCUCUUUCGCAUCUGUCACCGGUUUCAGCUUUCUCAUGGGAACAGCAAGUGCGUUAGAUACACUUUGUGGCCAGUCGUACGGAGCGAAGAAGUACGGAAUGUUGGGGAUACAAAUGCAAAGAGCAAUGUUUGUUCUUACACUACUAUCUGUUCCUCUCUCCAUCAUCUGGUAUAACACAGAGCACUUCCUCGUCUUCUUCGGGCAAGACAAAUCCAUUGCUUCACUCGCUGGCUCCUAUGCAACAUUCAUGAUCCCAAGCAUCUUUGCCUACGGUCUACUUCAAUGCUUAAACAGGUUUCUACAGGCACAGAACAAUGUGUUUCCUGUGGUCCUCUGCUCUGGAAUCACCACUUGUCUUCACAUCCUCCUUUGUUGGGUCUUGGUUCUGAACUCAAGUUUAGGGUUUAAGGGAGCUGCUGUGGCUAACUCUAUCUCGUAUUGGCUGAAUGCCCUUCUCCUGUUCUCCUACGUCAAGCUAUCGUCUUCUUGCUCACUGACUUGGACCGGUUUUUCUAAGGAGGCUCUACGAGACAUCAUCCCUUUUACGAGACUAGCGAUUCCUUCUGCACUUAUGGUCUGCUUGGAGAUGUGGUCCUAUGAGCUUGUUGUUCUCUUAUCUGGUCUUCUUCCAAACCCAGUUAUUGAAACUUCUGUUCUCUCAAUCUGCGUUAAUACAUCAGGAAUAGUUUGGAUGAUCCCGUUUGGUCUUAGUGGCGCUGCAAGCACCAGGGUAUCAAAUGAGCUAGGAGCAGGAAAUCCAAGAGUGGCUAAGCUUGCAGUGCAUGUGGUCAUUUGCUUAGCAGUUGUAGAAAGUAUAGUGAUUGGAUUGAUUUUGAUAUUGGUAAGGAAUCUAUGGGGAAUGGCUUACAGUAGUGAACCAGAAGUAGUCACUUACAUAGCCUCGAUGAUGCCGAUUCUCGCCUUAGGCAAUUUCAUAGACAGUAUUCAAUGUGUUCUCUCAGGGGUCGCCAGAGGAUGUGGGUUGCAGAAGAUAGGAGCAUUGGUGAAUCUUGGAUCAUAUUAUUUGUUUGGAUUACCUUCCGGCUUGUUACUUGGUUUUCACUUUCACUUUCGUGGUCGGGGGCUUUGGCUUGGAAUCAUAUUCGCAAUGGUUGUUCAAGUUAUAUGUCUUUCACUCGUCACCAUCUUUACAAAUUGGGAUGAAGAGGCCGAGAAAGCUACAAAAAGAGUUCAGUCUUCUUCAGAUGUGAAGGAUGCUUCAACCGAUAACGACUCAACUGUUGUCUUCUAAGAAACCUUAUAACUAUGGAGAUCACUAAUUAUACAUUUUGAUUAAUUUAAAUAAAAGAAUAAAUGCUUUCUUCGAAUAUAUAACAAGUCCAUGUUUGUCACUUAUAUAUUCAAAAUUUUAAGCUUUUGAUUUUAGAAAAUGAAAAUCCUUAUAACUUGGAUCUAUACUAAUUUUCAUGUUAUUGUAUUAUUAUGUUAGAUUUAAAUAUUAGGUUUACAUAGACUUCCAAAGUUUUCAUUUCAUCAGAACUUUUAGUGAGCGAAAGUGCAAUUGCUUUUCUAUCUGGUACUUUUCGGAACUAACCUAGACAACGGGCUACGGCUCAUUGCUCAAGUCUUUCUAUUAGAUGCUUAGGGCAUUUAAGGUUGUGCUUUGAUCACAUCAAGAUACUAAGAUGUUUAAGUCUUAGAUGCUCAAGUCUUUUCUAUUAGAUGUUUAGGGCAAUUAAAUUAACUCCAUAGGAAUAACUAUCUAAAUCUACACUACUCUUCAGUAAACACACAAGAAAAUUGAAAAUUGUAUCCAUCUGAAUCUACCUUUUUGGCACAUAUACGAACCAACUUCUAAAGAUUAUCUAGAGAAGAAACAAAAACUCUCAGAUGCUUGUACUGGAGCUGCACAAGGAAAUAUUCGUAAUUGAACUAAGGAAAUUUUCUGUGUAAAGCCUGAAACAUUUUCUAGGCUGUGUGGCCUGCUCUCUGGUCAGCAUAUAACUUGGAUAUUGGUGAGACAAACAAGGACUCGAAACGAGUGCAUAGGUUGUAACACUUCUGCGUGAAGAAGCCAAGAUCAACUACGUAAAACAAUCCCAUCCCUGGUUAAGAAAGUCUCGGCAAUGCUGGUGGAAACAAAAAUAUUUCUCAUCUCCGUGCCUCUACGAGUCUGCGUCAUUUAUCAUUAAGAAGGCAACUAAUGGAACAUAAACACAGAAAUGAGUCA